AUGAAUAAAAAGUUAAAUAGAGGUGGUGAUGGAGAAUUCCCAGGUGGUGAUGGAGAAUUCCCAGGUGGUAAGCAAGAACAUGUUAAUAUUGAUGCAAAAAUAAUAGUUAAAGUUGAACCAGCUCCAGAAGCAAAUGCUGAUGAAGAUCAAGUUAGUUACUUCAAAGAAAAUCAGGAAUAUAAGCUUCAAUCCGAAUCUGGUGUUCUAAAAGAAGAUGGCUCAUUUACUGCAAAACCUAAAACUAAAUCUGAUUCAACAAAGCCUGAGCCAACAAAGGGAGGCGAUAAUAAUCAAAACGGUAAACUUCCAUUAAGUGCAAUUGUUAUCAUCGCAAUCAUUGUUGUGGUCCUCUUCUUUACCGUUUUCAGAAGGAAAGCUGAGAAAGAUUCAGAUUCUGGAGCACAAGUUUAA